GGCUGCCCGCGGAUUCCCGCAGCGCCCUGCGAGCGCAGCGGCCCCGGCCGGCAAGCGGCGAGUUCCCGAAACAGCAGCGCCGCCGCCGCUCCGCCGAGGCGCUGCGCCCCCCGGGGGGGGGAGGCGGAGGAGGCGGGCAGCGGCGGAGGGAGGGGAGCCGGGGAGGGGGGCGCCGCGCUGGGAGGGAGGCAGCGCGCACGGUGCAGCCGGGCCGGGCGGGAGGCAUGGCGGGGCCCCCGGCCCUACCCCCGCCGGAGACGGCGGCGGCCGCCACCACGGCGGCCGCCGCCUCGUCGUCCACCGCUUCUCCGCACUACCAAGAGUGGAUCCUGGACACCAUCGACUCGCUGCGCUCGCGCAAGGCGCGGCCGGACCUGGAGCGCAUCUGCCGGAUGGUGCGGCGGCGGCACGGCCCGGAGCCGGAGCGCACGCGCGCCGAGCUCGAGAAACUGAUCCAGCAGCGCGCGGUGCUCCGGGUCAGCUACAAGGGGAGCAUCUCGUACCGCAACGCGGCGCGCGUCCAGCCGCCCCGGCGCGGAGCCACCCCGCCGGCCCCGCCGCGCGCCCCCCGCGGGGGCCCGGCCGCCGCCGCCGCGCCGCCGCCCACGCCCGCCCCGCCGCCACCGCCCGCGCCCGUCGCCGCCGCCGCCCCGGCCCGGGCGCCCCGUGCGGCCGCCGCCGCCGCCACAGCGCCCCCCUCGCCCGGCCCCGCGCAGCCGGGCCCCCGCGCGCAGCGGGCCGCGCCCCUGGCCGCGCCGCCUCCCGCGCCCGCCGCUCCCCCGGCGGUGGCGCCCCCGACCGGCCCGCGCCGCGCCCCCCCGCCCGCCGUCGCCGCCCGGGAGCCGCCGCUGCCGCCACCGCCACAGCCGCCGGCGCCGCCACAGCAGCAGCAGCCGCCGCCGCAGCCACAGCCGCCGCCGGAGGGGGGCGCGGCGCGGGCCGGCGGCCCGGCGCGGCCCGUGAGCCUGCGGGAAGUCGUGCGCUACCUCGGGGGCAGCGGCGGCGCCGGCGGCCGCCUGACCCGUGGCCGCGUGCAGGGUCUGCUAGAGGAGGAGGCGGCAGCGCGGGGCCGCCUGGAGCGCACCCGCCUCGGAGCACUAGCGCUGCCCCGCGGGGACAGGCCCGGACGGGCGCCGCCGGCCGCCAGCGCCCGCGCGUCGCGGAGCAAGAGAGGUGGAGAAGAGCGAGUGCUAGAGAAAGAGGAAGACGACGACGACGACGAAGACGAAGAUGAUGAAGACGAUGUGUCAGAGGGCUCAGAAGUGCCUGAAAGUGACCGUCCUGCAGGUGCCCAGCACCACCAGCUUAAUGGAGAGCGGGGCCCUCAGAGUGCCAAGGAAAGGGUCAAGGAGUGGACGCCCUGUGGACCCCACCAGGGCCAGGAUGAAGGGCGGGCACCAGCACCAGGCAGUGGCACCCGCCAGGUGUUCUCCAUGGCAGCCAUGAAUAAGGAAGGGGGAUCAGCCUCUGUUGCUACUGGGCCAGACUCCCCAUCCCCCGUGCCUUUGCCCCCAGGAAAACCAGCCCUACCUGGAGCCGACGGGACCCCCUUUGGCUGUCCUCCUGGGCGCAAGGAGAAGCCAGCUGACCCUGUGGAGUGGACCGUGAUGGACGUGGUGGAGUACUUCACCGAGGCGGGCUUUCCCGAACAGGCAACAGCUUUUCAAGAGCAGGAAAUCGAUGGCAAGUCUUUGCUGCUCAUGCAGCGCACAGAUGUGCUGACUGGUCUGUCCAUCCGCCUUGGCCCAGCCCUAAAAAUCUACGAGCACCACAUCAAGGUGCUUCAGCAAGGCCACUUUGAAGACGAUGACCCCGAUGGCUUUCUAGGCUGAGCGCCCAGCCUCACCCCUGCCCCAACCCAUUCCAGUCCCCAUCUCACCCAAGACCCCCAGAGUCCGGGAGCUGGACAGGGACACCCUCAGCCCUCAUAACAGAUUUCAGGGAGGGAUCAACCUUGUCUGCUCAUCUCUUUCCUUUGUCUGUCUCUUUUACACACACACACACACACACACACACACACACACACACACACACACACACACACACACACACACACACACACAC